CGCGUCAUCCGCAUCCCUACAUGCUUCGGACUACUUCUAAAGGACGUAGUAGCUAGCAGGCGACGACUAAAACAAUAAAGAAAGUAAGAAGAGAGGUUGAGUCUGUUCAGAAAGAGAAGAGUCUUGAAAUGUAUGGGGUCCAAUUCCAUGUUCCUAUUCCACGACUUCUCUUUCCGAACAGACUCAACCUCUCUUCUGCUAAUCUCCUACAUAUACAAACUCAGAGCUUCUAUUUUCAUGCCAGCCGUAAUCUGACACCUGUCAAAGUCAACAGUCUUGAAAACAUGCUUAGGCAUCGCACAUUGGUGGGCAAAAUUUAAAAUAAUGAUUAGCAAAGGAAAAUUAGUGUUAAAAAUUAUCGUUUAUACAGGACACCAUCAAGCCAUGCUUUGGCAGACCUACGUUGCUUUGCUGACUCUCACCGUUGGUUUGGAACAUACCAUCAUGGGUCAAUACAAAUUUAAGGAGACUGCGGCGGAGCGGUUACUGUACCACGCGUGGACUAAUUUCAAUAUAAAAUACAAAAAAGUGAAAUACGUGAGACCCGAAGUGGACGAGCAGCCCUACGUUGUCGAGGACGAUGAUGAUGACGAUGUAGAGUAUGAUCAACAUGUAGACUAUUGUACUGUGGUAAACUACUGAUCACGGUCUACCAGUAGCUGGCCACUUCGCUAAAAAUACAUUGUGGUUAGGUACAGUUACUUGCGAAAUUGUAUGGAGAAAUUAUGAUAAAUUCGCCAUGCACUUUUGCAACUCACUUAUGUGUUGCAUUUGUAACACGAUAUCAUUCGAUUAUUAGACUAAACGGGAGGUCCUAGCCCAUUUCACUUCAGGAUGGAACCCUGUUGCACGCACGCACACAUCUAUCAUACAUGGUCAUAGACCAUGUUAGUGAAUAAAAUUGUAUGCUACAAAUUAAGUGACAUUUUGUUAAGUGGUCAGUUACUGUUAAAAUUUUUAUACAUAUAAUAAAAUAAAAUUAACACGUUAACUGUCUUGCUUGAAAUUGUCAACCUUACGUCUUUAUUUAAUAAGACUUUCUUCGUGACCCAUAUCAUCUUCGGGACACUGGACAGUUUACGUGUCGAAAUCGAAUUCCAUUUAAGGUAAAUAAAAUCACGAAAUCAUUGUAUCUAAGCACACAAUAUUUUGGAAUUGCUCCACAACAUGUCACGGUCAUAAAAUGUCACAUAAGGGCUAGC